GUCUCGUGUCGGAGAAGCGGAGGCGAGGCGGGGGCGGGGGCGAGGGCGCGCGGCGGCGCCGGCGUAGCAUGGCGCUCGCGCCUCGCACGCCCGCGCCCGUAGACACGUCGGGCUACAACGCCUCGGUUUACAACACGUCGCUCUACAACGCCUCGCGCUUCAAUCUCACCUACGACGCUGACUACGACCAGCUGAGCGGGAACGCCACGGACGACGACAACCACUGGUUCUGCGCGAAGUGGACCAACGCACAGCAGGACUUGUUCCAGGCAGCCAACCUCUGUUUCGCGAUCGCCUUCCUCGCGCCAAAGAGCUUCAAGCAGAGCAUACUCGUGCUGCGCGCGCUCGCCUGCGCCGGCGCAGUGCUCAUGGCCAUGUGGGCCGGCGCUGAGGUGUGCGCGCCCGAUGUGCUCGCUUGGAGUCUCGCGUUGGUGUUCGUCAAUUCUGUACACACUAUCUUCUUGAUCAUAAGGUUUCUUCCCCCAGCGCUCUCGCUGGAACUGACCGAGCUGUACCUCAAGCUCUUCAAGCCACUGAAAGUGAACAAGAAGCACUUCCAAGAGCUGACGCGUGAAGCGAGGGUGCUGCGACUGGAACCGGGCGAAGCGUAUGCGGUGGAGGACGUCACGCCUGCGGAUGAGAGGCUCUCUAUACUGCUGAAGGGGAAAAUGCGAGUCAGCUGUGACGAGACACACUUGCACUUCAUCCAGCCGUACCAGUUCAUAGACUCGCCGGAGUGGGAGGCUAACCGCGAGCAAUCCGAUGACGUCUUCCAGGUGUCCGUGGUGGCGGAGGAGGUGAGCACGUGCGUCUGCUGGCCGCGCAUGCGUCUCGAGCGCGUGCUGCGACACCGGCCAGCCCUCAAGGUCGUGCUCGACUGUCUCAUAGGAAAAGACAUAACCCACAAGCUGUACUCAGUAAGCGAAGGUCUGAGUGCGGGAGCGGCAGAUCGCGACGCCGGGGCUGCUCAUCUGACGCGCUCGGCCAGCGUCGACGCCGUUCACGAGGGCACGCGUGGACGCUUGCGUAGCCUGGCGUGGCGUACGCGGUCUACUAGCAAGAGUAGUUCAUACUGGCAGCCGAUGGUGGCGCGCCAGUUCCUCAGCCAGUCGCCGUUCGGGCGCGGCGUGCCUCGUCUCCUCACGCAAGCCUCGUCGGCGAGUCUGCAGCCGCCGUGUCGCCGCAGCCCGCCACGGCGUGCGGCCUCGUUCCGACGCGGCAGAGAAGUCAAGUUCGCUGAGGCGGCGCAUGAGACGGUGUGACAAGGGCCGCGGCCCCAGCAGGAGCUGGAGCCGCUGGUGACGCCUCACUCUUCGCCCCUCCCGCCCGCGCGGCACCCAUGACCGACAAGCGAGCGAACGAUUUGCACCACGGACUUUUAAACACAUCUCAGACUAUCACAGUGGAAUUGUGAGACAUUAGAAGUAAUAGGAUAACAUGACGCAAAUUGAAAAUUCAGUUGGAUAGUAUUUUGCUUUCCUACGUACACACCAGAAGUUUUCAGGUUCACCUUAUAUCGAUUAAGAUAAGCGUAAGUUGAACAUGAGAGCGUACUG